CUCCUGCACUGGGGCUUUUGGCAGCAUGCGGCACUGCGGCUGCCGCGGAUGCUGCGGCUGGCCAAGCACCGAUUCUACCUCAAGCAGUGGCUAGAGCGGACCAACCACCAGUUCCUGCUUCGGUUUCUCAAGCUCUUCUUUGCCUUUCUUCUCACCAUUCACUGGCUGGCGUGCAGCUACAUGGCGAUCUCGUACGACCGCGGGUUUGGGGCGUCGAUCUGGCUAGCCAAGGCCGAAGUCGAGUUCAUGUCGACAGCGAACCAGUAUCUGUACGCCUACUUUUGGGCGACCAACCAGCUGACCAACAAGGGCGGCGGGAUCAUCCGGCCGCAGACGCUAUUUGAAAUGGGCAUCGAGCUGGUCAUUGCGCUCAUGGCUCUGUUCGGCAUCGCCACCAUCAUCGGAGCCAUCUCGCGCAUCAUUGCGCAGCUCGACGUGUCUGGCGAAAAGUUCCGCCAGAAGAUGCUCGAGGUCAACCUCUUUCUGCGGAACCGCAAGCUCCCACCCGAGCUUGCAGACCGGAUCCGCGACCACUACAUCUCGCUCUGGUCGCGCCACGGCGGGUCGACACCGCACACAUCCUAAUGGAGCUCCCGGUGACGCUGCGGACCAACGUGGCGAUGUUUAUGAACCGCGAGCUUUUCUCGCGCGUUCCGCUAUUCCAGAACGCCUCCCCGGGCUUUGUCGAGUCGCUGGCACCGUACCUCAAACCGCAGAUCUUCUCGCCCGGCGAUGUGGUUAUCAAGGAGGGCUCGACCGGGGCGGAGAUGUUCUUCAUCUCGCGCGGGACGGCCAAAGUGAUCGAGAAGGGCGAAGUGGUCAACACACUCCACCAGGGCGCUUACUUUGGUGAGAUGUCGCUGCUAGUGCCGGACUCGGCACGGACGGCAACGGUGCAGACGGUCUCGUACUGCGACCUGUUUGUCCUGUCCAAGGCUGACCUCGCGACCGUGCUCAAGCUGUUCCCGGCAGAGGAGGCCAAGAUGAUGAAGCGGGCGAAGCGGCUCAAGUGGCGGGCAGAUCUCCGCAAGGUCCUGGCCGGUCUACCCAUGCUUGCUGGCUCGAGCGAAAAGUUCCUCAUCCAGCUCCGCGAUGCGUUUGAGCUCCGGGUCUUCCGGUCGACCGAGACAGUCUUUACCACCGACGCACCGGUCGACGCGCUGUUCUUCGUGGCUCAGGGCUGGAUUCAGCUGAUGAGCGCCGACGGGCGGCUCGGGCCGCAAAUCACAACGUCUGGACUGAUUGGCGGCAUCUCACCGUAUGCGCGGUGGAGCGGCGAUGGGCGUGCUGGCGCCCACACGGUGGUGCUUGCACUCUCCGCCGAGGCGCACGCACAGUUUAGUGCCGAUCACCCAAACCAGGCGAGUGAGCUGACUCAGCUGGCGCGCAAGUUUGUCUACUCGUCUGAGGAUCACGAUGCCGGGAGCGGUGGGGAUCGGGUGCGGGCGUCGGACAACGACCAGGCGCAGCUGGAGCGGGUGGUGCCGCUGUUGGGCGACAUGGCUGAGCUGAUGACGGGCGACAAUGUGCGGUUUAUGGCGUCGCUGCGGCAUGAUUCGCUCCAGCUGGAGCGGCUCUCGUCGGAGCAGCUGCUGUUGGCGUCGGAGGCGCUCUCACGGCUCGGCUUUGUCAUCACAACCGAGCUCUUUGCGCGGCGGUCGUCACGGGCCAAGUCUGGGCCGGCCAAAAUGCCGCCGCGGCUCGGGGCGCAGAGCGCGGCGGGCGGGCUUGGGUGACAGGUGCAAGCUUCAGGGACCGACGCCAUCGUCAGGAGCUGUGACAAGAGUGCCGUCGACGUGGGUAGCAACGAGCGAUGACGGCUCGAGCGAGCGCUUGUUGCCGACAAGGGCGCCAAGGGCACCGAGGUAGUUUUGGUGGUGCGAGAAGGCGGCGCGGAGCGAGCCGCCGGACCAAAAGUCGAGGCCUGUGACGAGAAUGUCUUCCAUGACGCCCGGGCGGAGCAUGCCGCCCAUAAAGAAGACAUUGG